AUGGAAGAAAAAGAAGAAAGCCUUACCUGUUCAAAAAUUAUUGACCCUUAUGUAUUCGAAGGUCUUGGCUGUACUAAUUUUAAAUACAGUAUCAAAUUAGAAGAAAAUGCAGAACUUUCAAUUGCCAGAACCCAGGAUGGAGCGACCUAUAGAAGAAAUAAAAUUCACCUAAAGAACUACAACGAAAGAGCAGCAGAGAAAGGGACAAACGAGGCAAUAGAAAAUCCAGAAUCAAAGGCAUAUUCAGAAAACACGACACUACAUGAUUCAGACAGUCAUUCAGAACAACAAAGCGAAGGAAAUGAAACCACUGAACAAUGCAGAAGAAGUGAACGAGUUAGAAGAAAUCCAGCCAAGUUACAAGAAUAG